AUGGAAGGGCCACAACAACAAUCUCUCGUUGAUCUUUGCAGUGUACAAUUUGAUAACUCGAGUCUCAUUGGAAACGUUGAGUUUGUUGAAUCCCAUCUUCUAGAGAAGAUUCUACCACAAUGCUCUCUACAAGAGCUAGCUCGUAUAGAAGAUAAUAAAUCCAAUCUUAGUGCGAUCACAAAUGAAUUGUGGAAGAACUUCUUCCGUAGAGACUUUGGUGACCACAUCGAAAUUGUCGAGGAGAGGAUAAAGCUAUUGAACAUGGGAUAUGUCGUUUGGAGAAAUUUAUACCAGCUAAGGCGUGAAGUUGUGGAAGGAUUGAAGAUAGAAGCUGCUCUACUCCUCAAGGAGUCUGCUUGA